GACCAUAGACUUUCACCUGGGCCUAGAAGGUCUCUUAAAGUAGUGGGGAGAGGAGGGCGGGUGGGGACCACCUUCAGAGCAGGCCGCCGGCGGUAUCAUGGCGACCCGGAACCCCCCUCCCCAAGAGUAUGAAAGCGAUGACGAGUCUUACGAAGUGUUGGAUUUAACUGAGUAUGCAAGAAGACACCAUUGGUGGAAUCGAGUGUUUGGCCACAGUUCCGGACCUAUGGUUGAAAAAUACUCGGUAGCCACCCAGAUUGUAAUGGGUGGAGUGACUGGCUGGUGUGCAGGAUUUUUGUUCCAGAAAGUUGGAAAGCUUGCAGCGACUGCAGUAGGUGGUGGUUUUCUUCUUCUUCAGAUUGCCAGUCACAGCGGCUAUGUGCAGAUUGACUGGAAGAGAGUUGAAAAAGAUGUAAACAAAGCAAAAAGACAGAUUAAGAAACGAGCAAAUAAGGCAGCACCUGAAAUCAACAAUAUAAUUGAAGAAGCAACAGAAUUUAUCAAACAGAACAUUGUGAUAUCCAGUGGAUUUGUGGGAGGCUUUUUGCUAGGCCUUGCAUCUUAAGAAGAUGAAUGUCUAUCACAGUGGAGUCACCUAUAAGAAGAGAAAUGGUGGCAACAAGGUGGUUUCUCAAUAUUACUCACCGCCAGAUUAUCCAGGGAAGCAAGAAACAACUAGGUGGAUAAUACUAAACUCAGCUUAGUGUUUUGCCAUUGAAGUUUGGCAAACUAGUAUCUGCUGUAAAAACAACCCAUAUGGUAUGUGUACAAUAGUAUUCCUGAGCAAAACAUGCCUUUCAUGUAUUUUUUAAAAAUUUGCAUUUGUUUUGAAAUUAGCCUAUAAAAUACCACCAUUGGAUGUAGAUCUAUAGAGAAAGAAAAUGUGUUGGAUAUAUUUUCCAGUGAAAUAUUAUCCUUGUUUUAUUUAAAUAAAAUGUUCUUCAUUUUGCUUUAUAGUAUAUUGCCCGUAAUUAAAAAUUUGUAUUAUAGCUUCAA